UAUUGAUUUCUGGAUUAGACUGCAUUGGUUUAACAUAAGAGUGUUCCCUAAUAAACUGGCAAGAUUAUGCAUUUUUAAAUUAUGGUUAUUUAUAAUAUAUAAUUAUGGUUUUAAAUUAUGAUUUGCUCUAUUUCUGUAGGAUGUGUGUCAGUGAGUUGAACUUCCAUUUGUUUGUCUCUCUUUCUCUAGUGAAUGUGGCAGUGUAAAGGGUGUUCAGUCGCUGUGCAAAGUAGGUCUGAAUUACUUCACCAUUAUAAACUCAAACACCCACAUUUUGGACGCACCUUAAAUUAUCCAUGUACGUAUUCUAAAUGUCCCUGUACAUUUAAGACAUGGAAUGCUUUAAUCAUCCAUCAAAGUAGAGUGCAUUCCACACAAGAUAAUCAGACACGAAAAGAGUUGUCCAUUUUCAGCUGUCACUUAUGUGCAUGCAAAAAUUUAGCUAAUGAAAGGGAGUUUUUUGUUCAUAUCAACACACAUCUGAAGAAAAAUGAAAAUGUAGGUUGCAUGUUCGUUGGCUGUAGUUUUCAAACAAGUAUUUAUGGAACCUUUAAGUCUCAUAAGAGUCGCCGGCACACACCUCACACAUUAUCUGAUUUUCUACCAGGUAUUGUAAAAACCACUACAAUAGCAUCUCCACCAUUAGAUGAUUUGUUUGCUGAUAGCCAGGAUGAGGAGUGUGUGUUAGAGGAAGUUUCUGAUUCUUCACGAGAUCAACACAAUGCACUUCCAAGUGCAAUUGAGCAGCAGCUUGCAGCAGCCUUACUAAAGUUGGAAUAUUUAGUCCACGUGCCAGGUACAGCAAUUGAUGAUUUUUUGCAAGAACUUUACUACUUGAUAAACAUAGCAUCAGUCACAGUAUCUAGAAGUGUUGUGACAGAUAUCCUUAAGCAUCACAAAAUACAAGUUGAUGACUCUGUAGUUACAGAAAUCACCACAGCAGUAUGCUCAUCUAACCCUGUUCCAAAAGCAAUUGAAAAAGGCGGCCCUCUUAGUACUUCAUAUCAACGUAAACAAUUUUAUAAGGAAAAAUUCUGUGUUGUGGAACCAGUUACUUACAUACUUGAUCAUAAAAAGAAACACACCUUUCAGUAUGUCCCACUGUUGAAAUCUUUGCAACAAAUUUUAAAUAAUAAGGCCAUUGUUGAUAAGAUAAUUGAAAAUCAUAGAGGACAGCAGGACACUGAACUUGACCCAUCUCUUGAAUUCAGGUCCCCUGAAGAUGGUUUGCAUUUUAACGCAAACAGCUUCCUAAAUGCAGAGGAGUUACGGAUAACACUGCGUCUGUAUGUGGAUGAUUUUGAGACCUGCAAUCCCCUAGGCACCUCUAGGAAAAAACACAAGCUUUGUGGUGUUUACUGGAUACUAGACUGAGACGUAGAAGGAUGAAUGCCCCGACACUUCUCAAAGUCAUCCUGGGUGACAACAGCAGCCAAAGGAUGACUUUUCAAAAUGGACUCCCAGGAUCUGUUAAUGAACUUGUUAGUGAGGUACAAAGACAAUGUGGACUUGACUAUGACUUCAGACUUCAGUUUAUGGAUGCACUAUUUGGAAAUGACUUCAUGAACCUCACUUCAAUGGAUGAAGUACAGGAUAGAGGGACAAUUAGAGUGAUUGCCAUGACAGAUUCCUCAACUCCUCAGUGUGCUAAUAUCCUUCCCACCUCAGCUGCCCAUCACUCCCUUAAUGAAUCCUCAUCCCUGUCCAGUGGAUGUGUUGACACUGACAUACUCUCUUCACCGGAGUCAGAGUCAUCCGGCUCUCGGUCAUCUUGGCCGAGCAUCUUUCGUGUUCCUCAGUUUAGUUAUGAUGCCGAGUUGAAACUUGCGCAGGGCAAUGCAGCUUACAGGGAAAAGGGUACAUUGUUUAUUCCUGAUCCUAAACUGAAGUCGAACAUUCUUGAGGGCCUAGUGCAAGAAAUUGUUAAGUACAAACUUUAUGUUUCUGACAAAGACUUUAACACAGUUGGAGAGGCUCUAAUCUCAAAGCAUCCUUGCCUGACUGAGAAAGGCUCCCUCUCUGGAUAUGCUGGAUGGAAAUGCAGCUUGAAGAACAAACUGGCAAUCUACCGCACUAACCUAAGAAAGCUUGGAUGUCCUGAGGUGACAAUAAACUCACUCAAGCACAAACCAGAGGGCAAAUCAAGCCCUGCUUUUGGCAUUAAAAAACCAAGAAGGUCUGAAGUGAACUACUGUCCCCCCUAUCCUACUGGAGAAUCUGAGAAGAGUCUUGAGAGUGUGAGAAUGGAGCUUCUUUCAGAUGUUAAGAAGAAGAACAACAGGGAAGCAGUAAGGAUGAAAAUGGAAAAGACAUUUGCAUAUAGGAGACAGGAAGUGGUUCGCGACACACCAAUGAUAAGAGACUUCCAGACGAGAUGGCCAGCACUUUUUGAAGUAGGCGAGAUAAAUGCUGAAUUCAAACGGAUCACAACAAUGCCCCUGCAGUCCAGAUUUCUAUCGCAAUUAGAUGUUCACUCCGAGAAACUGCUCAAAAUGUUUAAAAACAGAGGAGGACAGAUUGGCAGACGCCUAGGGGGCAUCAUUGCACCCAUGGAUGAAGAUGAUGACGUGGAUCUGGGAAGAGAAUGUGUCAUAAAGGCACUCUGCGUUUACCUGAACGAGGACCCAGAGAAUCUAUUGAGAGAGUAUGUGGCAGCAGAUGAAUCCCUCCUCCAGGAAUCCAUUGAGGAAACCACUAUGGGUAUAUACGUCUGGAAACACAGAGAUGACAGUGAAAAACCAGAGGACAUUGGCAUUGUCCUCGAGUCCCAGAUUGUGAUGCAGGAUAUGGACAGUGUUCCCUUAGCUGCUGCCAUGUUGUUUGGCCUAAUAUAUUCUUUGAACUUAAACUACCCUGCUGAACUCAAGUAUACCUUUGAAGUGCUGCAGAAGGUGGUCAUGGAGCUUGAAGGCAAUGCACUGUCCAAAAAAGCCCAAGUCCUGAAGAACAGACUUUAUCAGUGAACUGGCUAUCCAGGCUCUCGAGCUUGAUUUCUUAAGACAUACAUUAUGUCACCUACCUCUUCCAGUUGUUGGACUUUUCUUUUGGGCGGGUAGGAGGCUUUUUUUUUUUU